GCCGAGUGGGUCGUGAGGUCCGGGGGGGGAUAUGGGGUCUCGCUACCGGGGGGAUGGUGCGGUUGGUGUUUGGCCGCGUGCUAAGACUGUCGGGGGCUUGCGUGCGUGUGGGUUUGGUGUUUGGGGUGCUUUGCUGGUUCGCUGGGUUUGCUGUCUGGAACUAUCUGCCACUGUCACGAGACCCGGGCAAACAAUCGACGGCCUCGCCAAUAGAGUAUUUAAGCUAGUCGCCCCUCGUUGUGUCUCUAGGCAUCCAGUCCUCAGUUAUACCUGCACAGCACAGAUGUAGUCUCCCCGCUGCACUCCCCGACCGGGCGAAGGGAGUCCAGCAGCAGAGAUGCAACAGCUGGUGUGUGCAAUCAAGAGCUGUUUCACUCGCCUCCUCCCGCCAUCAUUCUUCCAGACUAUAUACCCCCCUCACCUCAACCUCCUAUAUACCUCCACGCUCCCUUCCAUGGUACCAAGCACCCCUUCUCCAUAUACACACCCCCAAACACCGUAAUCCUCCUCCUCACCUCCAUGGCUUCACCCGCACCUUCCCUCGCCCACAGAACCACCGUCCGCAUCGCCGCAUUCCUCUGGCAACAUAGCAGGAUCAUCUCUCUGCUGACGCCUCCCCUCCUCCCCGUGCCCGCACUACUGCACUCGCGCCUGCCGUACCG